AUGGCUGGGAGGUCGCCGCGGCAGCGGGGUCACGGACUCUCCUGGCCUCUCCAUCUCCUCCUCCUGCUGCUGCUGGCCAGGAGCCCCCAGGCUCUUGCCAUUCCUGGCUACAGCACUGACUCUUCCAAGAAGGAGAUCGCUAUAGAGGGGGACCUGGUGAUCGGAGGCCUGUUCCCUGUGCACCAGAAGGGCGAAGGGGUGGAGGACUGCGGUCGAAUUAAUGCCCAGAGGGGCAUCCAGAGGCUGGAGGCCAUGCUGCUGGCUCUGGAUGAAAUCAAUAAGGACGACAGAAUCCUGCCUGGUGUAAUGCUUGGCGCCCACAUCCUGGACACGUGCUCAAAGGACACUUAUGCGCUGGAGCAGUCACUGGAGUUCGUACGGGCUUCGCUAACCAAGGUGGACGAUAGUGAGUAUACCUGUCCGGACGGAUCCUACGCAAUUCAUGAUGACGUUCCCCUCGCCAUCUCUGGUGUGAUUGGGGGGUCCUACAGCGACGUGUCGAUACAGGUGGCCAAUCUCUUGCGGCUUUUCCAGAUUCCUCAGAUCAGCUAUGCCUCGACUAGCGCUAAGCUUAGCGAUAAGUCGCGCUAUGACUACUUCGCCCGAACAGUACCCCCAGACUUCUACCAGGCUAAGGCCAUGGCUGAGAUCCUACGCUACUUCAACUGGACCUAUGUCUCAACUGUAGCUUCAGAGGGUGACUACGGAGAGACUGGCAUUGAUGCUUUCCAGCAGGAGGCCAGGGCCUUGCAAAUCUGUAUCGCAACAUCUGCCAAGGUUAGCCGCUCCAUGGACCGCUACAGUUAUGAAGCAGUGAUCAGGUCUCUGUUACAGAAAUCGAAUGCAAAAGUCGUGAUCCUCUUCACAAGAAGUGAGGACGCCAGGGAGCUUCUAGUUGCGGCCAACCGCAUGAAUGUCUCCUUCAUCUGGGUGGCCAGUGAUGGCUGGGGGGCACAGGAGAGUGUGGUCAGAGGGAGUGAAUUAGUGGCAGAUGGAGCUUUCACUAUUGAGCUUGCUUCGUACCCAAUCCGUGAGUUUGCCGACUACUUCACAAGCCUAAAUCCUUACAACAACACGCGCAACCCCUGGUUCCGAGAGUUCUGGGAGAACCGUUUCCAAUGUAGCUUGCACGACAUCAAUUGUGGGAAGCAUUCACUUCGAGAUGGCAAGUUUGAGCAAGAAUCCAAGAUCAUGUUUGUGGUGAAUGCUGUGUACGCAAUGGCCCACGCUCUGCACCACAUGAAGCAAGGAGUGUGUCCCAACACCACUAAAAUCUGCAGUGCCAUGAAACCACUGAAUGGAAAGAAGUUCUACAAAGAUUACAUCUUGAGGACAAAGUUUGAUGCACCAUUCCGUCCAGCUGAUACAGACAAUAUUGUUCAGUUCGAUGCUUAUGGAGACAGCCUGGGCCGGUACAACAUUUUCCACUACCACAAAGAGGAUGGUGUGUAUAUUUACCGCAAAGUGGGCUACUGGGCCCAGAGUUUGAGCCUGAACACUAGUCUGAUUCCUUGGGAGAAUCAAGUACCUACCUCACAGUGCAGUGACCCCUGCAGAAAGAACGAGAUCAAGAGUAUGCAACCCGGUGACGUCUGCUGUUGGAUCUGCAUCCCCUGCCAGCCCUACCAGUACCUCCUUGAUGAAUUUACUUGUGCAGACUGUAGCUUUGGGCAGUGGCCUCUUGGUAACCUGACUGGCUGCUACAACUUGCCUGAGGAGUACAUCCACUGGGAGGAUGCGUGGGCCAUUGGACCGGUCACCAUUGCCUGUAUGGGGAUCCUCUGCACACUCUUUGUGAUCGGUCUCUUCUUGAAGAACAAUGAAACGCCAGUGGUAAAAGCUAGUGGACGAGAACUUUCAUACAUAUUACUGCUUGGAGUGCUCCUGUGUUACUGCAUGACCUUCAUCUACAUUGCCAAACCUUCAGCAGUAGUGUGUACAUUACGUCGUCUUGGACUGGGUACCUCCUUUGCCGUUUGCUACUCGGCACUUCUGACCAAGACCAACCGCAUUGCCCGUAUCUUCAAUGGCGUCAAGGAUGGAGCUCAGAGGCCAAGGUUCAUCAGUCCAGCUUCACAAGUAGCCAUUUGUGCUGCCCUCAUUUCCUGUCAGCUGUUGGUGGUGGUGGUCUGGCUCUUGGUAGAGGCACCAGGCGUGAGGAAGGAGGUCAGCCCAGAGAGAAGAGAUAUAGUCAGGCUGAAGUGCAACAGCAAGGACUCCAGCAUGCUGAUGUCCCUGACCUACAACUGUGUCCUCAUUAUCCUCUGUACCUUCUACGCCUUCAAGACCAGGAAGUGCCCAGAGAAUUUCAACGAAGCAAAGUUUAUCGGCUUCACCAUGUACACCACCUGCAUCAUCUGGCUGGCCUUCCAACCCAUCUUCUACGUCACAGCCAGUGACUACAGGGUUCAGACCACCACCAUGUGUAUCUCAGUGAGUCUGAGUGGUUCAGUGGUUCUGGGCUGCCUCUUCGCUCCCAAGAUCCACAUCAUCCUGUUCCAGCCGCAGAAGAACGUCACCACGCUCAGAGUGGCCACCACCCGCUUCAGUGUCACCACCGGCCCUGGCUCCAGCUUCUCCCAAGCUUCAGCCGCCAACAUUGUGCCAACAGUGUGUAACGGAAGAGAAGUAGUGGAUUCGACAACAUCAUCUCUCUGAAAGACAAGAGUUCCGUCCAUCUGCCAAAUGCAGUAUACAGAUGAAUCUUAUCACUAGUCAAUAAAACAGGUGUUUGCUGAUAUUAAGGAGGCCACUCUCAGUAAAGAGGGCCACUUAUGUUGUUCUCAACGUGCUGUGAGUACAAUUUCCCAAUUCUCUCUCUCUCUCUCUCUCUC